AUGUCAAUGUAUGGACAUUCAAGAGCGGCUUCGGCAGCUCCGCCACCCGAGAUCGACCGCCCGCGUGCAUCCAGUGCUCUCUCAAAUCAUCGACCGGUCUCGUUGCGAAGUUCUGUUGGUAGCUCAACCGGUCGACCACUGGUUCAAGAGCCCAGGGUUGUUCCCGUUCGAAAGAAUGUCUCCCCAACUCGAGCCUUCUCUCGUAUCUCGUCGGGUUCUCAACCGCCAAGCUAUCGCGAGAGCCCUCACCGGAGGAUAGAAAGAGAGGAGGCAAGAUCUUUACGUGACGCAUUGCACGGGAUGGAGGUUAAUGACGAGAUCCGCAUCCACGAAGAUGCACAAGACGAAGCCACCGAACUAGUCUGGAUGCACCAAAACCCGGGGCUUCAAUUCAAAAACCCCUAUGCGCCCUAUCGUAACCCAGACGUGAAUAACUCACACGGCAGCCCCAAAGAGCAGAGCCAGCCACAAGAAAAACGAAGCGGAUUUCGAAACUCCUGGCGUGACAGUCAUCGUCUUUCAUUCAGGGGCCAACCCUCCAAAACUGGCACAGAGUCAGAGCCCACUGGCUUUGAUGAGGAGAGUUCAGUCCACAAGAGAAGUGGGAUCCCAAGGAAGAAUCUCAAGGUUAACUUUGCACUUCCACGAGAUCAAGAGCGCCCGAGCGAGGACGGACUAGGGCUUGUGGGAGUUAACGGUGACUCGUCAAGAGGUAUUUUUAGGAACCCGAAGGACCAGAUAUACGAGGAGCCUGACCGCAAUGACGACCAACGCUCCAUGUUCUCAAAGUCCGACUCCUCUGCGCUUCGGUCGAAGCCACGCAAUGCACUUCCCCAGGGGUCUCGACCGUUACCAAGCCGGUUUGGCAGCAUUCCGUUCGUUGAUAAGCUGUCUCGCUUCGAGCUCCAUAAACAACCGUCGACUCAAUCGAGAAAUCCUGACUACAAGACCAACGCACCCUCUCCACCCAUCCCUGAUGUGACACAGGAGACCAGCGAGCCGGUACCCACAAAAGAUGGGCUUGAAAUCCGUGGCGAUGACAUUAGGGCGGCUACGAGCAAGAGGAGGUCAGACCGCAGCUCGAAACUCCCCAUGCCAACUGCUGUGAGUGACCGCACUGGUCGGCCCAUUGUCAGCUUCGAUCCGACUUGGAAACCCACAGAAGCGCAGAGCCCACCGAAGAGAGAAAUACCGGAAAUCCAAGUUCCCGACUCUGCUCCAUCGCCGCCAUCCAUUGCGGUAUCUGAACCACCCUCUGUUCCUGUUAUCAACAUAGCAGAUGAAAAGGAACCCACUAUAGCAGAGAUGGACAACCCCCGAGAGCAAAAGCCAAGUCCAAAACCAGCAUCAAAUCCAAAAUAUCGCCAGAGCCGCAGCAGUGGACGCGGGAACUUCCUGCCUUCGCAAGAUCGUUGGAUGUCUACCUACUCUCGUGCCGGCGUUCCCACUGCAUCGUGUGAAUCGUGCUCACUUCCCAUUGCAGGAAAAGUUGUUACGGCUGCAGGGACACGCUUUCAUCCUGAGUGCUUUAUCUGUUACCACUGCCAUACUGCCCUAGAAUGUGUUGCAUUCUACCAAGAGCCAGAUGCAAAGCGGGCGGAGCGACUUGCAGAUCCUUCGGUGGAUGAGGAGGCUCAGUCAAUGAGGUUUUACUGUCACCUUGACUUUCAUGAAUUGUUUAGCCCCAGGUGCAAAAGCUGCAAAACUCCAAUUGAAGGAGAAGUGGUUGUUGCUUGUGGUGCCGAGUGGCAUGUCGGCCACUUCUUCUGCGCUGAAUGUGGUGAUCCUUUCAAUUCGAACACUCCAUUCGUGGAGAAAGAUGGCUAUGCUUGGUGUCUAAACUGCCACUCUCGCAGAACUGCUCCUAAUUGCUCUGGUUGUAAAAAGCCUGUUCUCGAUGACAUUGUGGUCACAGCAGUAGGUGGGAAGUGGCACGACAACUGUUUUGUCUGCCAUGAGUGCGGCGAUGGCUUCGGUCCUGAGGGUCGGUACUUUGUCAAGGAAGGCGAGCCAAGACGAACCGCCAAAGGCCGGAUCAUCGGAGGCCCAGUUCAGCUGGCCGUGUGCGAACGAUGCGAAGGCAUCCGACUAAAGACUUCGCUCAGGACAUGA